AUGACGUUCUUCGGUUCUUCUCACCUGGGAGGGUUUCGACAAUGUCUUUUGACGAAGAGACCGAAGCUCAAGACGAUUUUGGAACAUACGCAUCACAACACACAAGAAGAGGUGUGGUACUGCGACAAUCUGGUACAGUCAUGUAAGGAAUUGCUAUCCGAGAGGCGAACGCAAAAUCGGUUAGGUAAUCAGCGAACAGCCUUGUUAAGGGAAUUAGCCUUGUUACAGAAUCACGAUAUCCAGUUGUUCAAAAUAGAUUUUCUAGAUUGGAGGAAAAAAGAUGGACGACCUUCUACACAUCGCAUUAUGAACGACGCAUAUCUGUUUGCGGAUUAUGCAGCUUGGGAUCAGAAAGUAUGCGAGGAGAAGAAGUGCCUAAUUCGCAACGAAGUCGAAAGAUUGAGGUUGGGGAAUGAAGGUCUACUAAAAGAUAGCAGCUUCAUAGAAAAAAUGAUUGAUCUGAUCCGCACCAGAUCCUCCUCUUCUCAUUCGAUUAGGGAGCAUACAAGUGGUAUCAACGGAAGGGAAUGGCUCAUGAAGAACGGCGAUAGCGGCCUGACACUGCAUUAUGCUGCUGCACGGAUCAUGGAAUGCUACUCAGGCAAUUGUGAUCAGGAGGACGUCGAGAUCGACGAAGACGGUCACCUUACCAUAGGCUUCAUACAAGCAGGCGCCGAAUCUGAAUUGGAACAAGGAGAAGACAAAGAGUAA